AUGGGCCUUUUUGCGAUGCUGCCUGUCUCUAAGCUUGUGCAUAUCCUUGUGAUAUAUGCGGCGUCUUUUAUGAUCACGGAUGUUAUGAAAGAUAACUUCAAUCAGCCACGCCGAAUUUUAUUGAGACGUUCCAUUUACCGCACUGGGUUGUUCCUCGUUAUCAUAUCGGCCUGCAUCUGGCUUGCCAUAGUAAACACCAAGGUUCCGGAGCCGUAUUUGUCCAAUGUCUACGCAGUCAUAGCCAUUGCAGCACUGGUUCUCAGAUGCCGUCGAUUCAUUGAGACUCAACACGCCUCAACCAGCACCAAAGGACCUCACUUGGACUCCAUAUACAGCAUUCACACCACUAUCAACAUAGCCCUGUUUCCCGUCAUAUUCUUCUUCUCCGGGCUGUAUUACACGGAUCUGUGGUCCACUGCGACAGUUCUGUGGGCUUAUGAGAACCAUCUGAAGCGUCUCACUAAAAAGACGACGUUCCGGAAUGAUAUAGUCACGGUCGUUUUGGGCAUCGCGGCCCUGUUCAUGAGACAGACAAAUGUAUUCUGGGUCGUUGUCUACUUUGGUGGCCUUGAGGCCGUACAUGCCGUCAAGAAUGGGGCUGUAUCCUCCUCGAGCAAGGCUGUCGACGCUGCAAAUAUCAGGGCUUUUGCGCCCGCUGCAAAAGCAUACUGGAAUCUUUACGCGACUGGUAACAUCCACGACCCUCCAUUGAGUGUAGCGAGUGCCUAUGAUGUCGUCUGGCUUGCACUCAGUGUUGCCAUUGCAGCCGUGCAUAACCUCCCAGGAGUUCUGCGUCAGGUCUGGCCCCAUGUUUCCAUUCUGGGGCUGUUUGCCGGAUUUGUAGCCUGGAACGGUGGCGUUGUUCUUGUCUCAACCGCCCUUAACUUGCAGAAGUUGCUUCAGGGUCGCAGCGCUCAGUCUCAAGAGGAACGCAUUACAAAGUCUAAGCAGAAGGACUGGGCCCUGAAUUUCCUCGCCUUUAUUUGGAAGCACACGAGCAGUGGGUUCCCAUUCCCGCUCUGGUAUGUUUCGGCUGCAGUUGCAACAGCCAUCGUCCACAAGAGCACCAUCAUUCACCCAUUCACACUGGCGGACAACCGCCAUUACAUGUUCUACGUGUUUCGCUAUUCCAUCCUCAGAAGGCCCGAGGUCAGAUACCUGCUUGUUCCUUUCUACGUAGUCUGCCAUCGCCUCUGCUGGCACUUGCUUGGUGGUAGCUCGACGCAAGCUAGCCAGCGGAGCUGCUUCAUACAGGCACCGGGCGUCCAGGCUGUAUCGUCGGUCCCACCAAAAGGUGACGCCAAGUUAAAAGAUGCGGGCAGGCCCGAGGACGGCGGUGAAUCACUCUCCACGGGAGUGCUGUGGCUAUUGGCCACCGCGCUAUCCCUCAUUACUGCCCCGCUCGUCGAGCCGCGCUACUUUAUCGUCCCGUGGGUCAUGUGGCGGAUCAUGGUCCCGGCUUGGAAGGUAAACGACCCGCGCCCUGGAGAAAAGGGACUCCUGAAUGCAUUGCGCUCGUGGACUCAGGGGCUGGACCUGCGUCUCGUGUUGGAGACACUUUGGUUCGUAGCCAUCAACCUCGGAACCAUGUAUAUGUUCAUAUGUAGGCCCUACCACUGGAAGGACGUGGACGGGAAACUGAUGGACGAAGGUCGGCUGCAGCGGUUCAUGUGGUAA